AUGAUUCGUUUUGCAUUGUUUCUUAUUUUAUAUUUCCUUGUAAUUGAUGGAAAUGAAAUAUUGAAAGAUCUAGGAGAGAAACAGUAUAAGAUGAUAAGAGCUAAAUCUUCUGUAUCACAGCAUGGUACAUGUUGGCAUAAUGCUAUUAAUACAAUGAAAAUUAACUGUAAUAAUUUAAGAGAUGUAGAGCAUUCUCUCCUUGCUCUGAGGUUGACGUAUUGUUUUUUAGAAGAUUCAGGACAUGAAACUUAUGAUUGCCAUCUCAGUAGCUCAGAAACCGAAAGACGGGAAUGCAUCAAUAAUAUGUCUGACAGGGCAUUUAAUGUUUAUAAUGAAUUUUAUAUACACACUACGCACAUGUGCUUUUAUCUGAAUUAUGAAGCUUGGCAAGCUGAAACUGAUAACACCAUUAAACAAUUGUAUGAAGCUUCUUCAAGAAUGAAAGAUCAAUUAUUAGAAGCUUCAGAAAUGCAAGGAGUUAUGUUAGAAAGUCAAAAGGAAAGUUUAAAAAUACAAAGUGAACUUUUAGACCAUGGGAAAGAACUUGGUACAAUAUUGAAAUCUUCAUCCGAGAGUGUUAACAAUAUGGUAAAAGAUUUUAAAGAAACGGCAAAAAAUCAAAUGGAAUUAUUGUUCGAGAUCUUUUCAUACUUACGUACUUUUCAAAACUGGAUUAUAGGUGAAGUUUCAUGGUUUCAGUCUAUCAUGUAUUAUACAGUUAGUUGCAUUUUGUGUGCACUGUUUAGUUCUUCUAAAAGAACAGUGGAUGCUAGAAUAACACUCUUCACAAUUUUAAGCAUGAAUGUGAUAGUAGAACGAAUGUUAGUUCAAUAUUAUGGUAACAGUAUACCACAUUCUGAUGACAGUAAGGAAAACUUGAUAAGUACAACAUGGAUGUACAGAAAAAUUGCCCUUACUUUAUGUAUAAUUACAUUGUUCUACAUAUACUACAAUUAUAAAGAUGAACAAGUGGAAAAUUAUAAAGUAUUAAAACGUAUUGAACAUCAGUUAAAUUCUAUCCAAGAAGUUACACCCAUUUGUACUACUGAUCAUUCACCACGUUGUUCUACCAGAUUGGCUCUCAAACGUUUGCAGUCACAAUUAAAUAAACAA